UGAUGGUUAUGGUUAUGAAUAUAUGAUAACUAGCAUGAAUCAAGUUGAGCGUCUCCAGCUCCCCCGUGAUAAUACUAAUACUUAUAAUAUUAGUAACAAAUAAAAUUCCCAAUUCAAAGCAAAACCCUAAAUUGAAGUGGCGUAGGCUGAAAAUUAGGGUUUUGUAGAUGGGUAUCGAUCCGGAUGUCGCGAAUUGGGUGCUGGAAUUCCUCCUCCGACAACCGCUGGACGACGGGACACUGGAUUCCUUGCUUCGCAUCCUGCCUCUCUCAGACGAUAAACGUAGUUUGAAGAAAUUGCUUCUGUUGAAGAAGCUCGAGUCCGACGUCUCGCGUCGAUGCCUUUCCGAAAAAACUCUCGAGCUGUUGGAGCAAUUGGAAGAAAUUGAAUUCCGACAGGGGCAGGGCAAAGAGGCUUCUGACGCCAUGAAGCGCGCGUAUUGCGCGGUGGCAGUGGAGUGCACGGUGAGGGUUUUGGAGCGCGGGGGUGAAGGCAAGGAGGACGACGAUUGCAGAAGGUUCAGGUUUUUUGAGGGGGUGGUGAGGGUGUGGAGGGGGAGAAUUGGGGCGAUGGAGAAGGAGGGGUUGAGUUCGGAGGAUCUGUGGAUUUGGAAGGAUGAUAUCGAGGCGGCUGUUUGGGAUGACGGUGCUUGUGAGAGACUCAUGAAGAAGAGGGAGGGGAUCAACGUUGUUGAUGCUGUGAAAGAUUAUCUGAAGGGAGAAAUGGAGAAUUUGGGGCCAUCAUUUCUGGAGGUGGUGGCUGACAGAGUGAAGAAUGACGUGGUUACGCAGCGCAUGCUCGGGAUGGGCAGUGUCGAUCCCGUUGCUCCCAGGAAUGAGGCACCUGACUCUGAGGAUGCUUGUAAUGUCAACAAUGAAAGUCAAAAGGGACAAGUUCAUCUCAGAAACAAGCUUGUUCGUUUGAGACGUUCUAGAGGGUCUAGAAAUUCCAAACGAGCUAAAAUUGUUGAUUCCGAUGAAGCGGAAGCUGGCCCAUCAUACAAGGACUAUAAUUUACAAUCCUCUGAGGCCAUUCCUGGUGUUGCUAGUGAUCGUAAAUGUGGUGAUCCUAUGGAAAAGAAACAUGGUGAAGCAGCGUCUGGAAUUUUAGGAGAAAGUGAGCAUAGCAAACCUCUCGGGGCAAAUUGUGCUGAAGCCAUCUCCGGUGCUGCUUCCAAAAGAGAGUGUUUCGCUGCUGCAGAGGAGAAUCGUCCUGAAGCCAACCUAAAUGCUGUGGAUGAUACUGGGGUUGUUCAAGCUACUGAUUAUAAGGCAAGGGAUGUGCCUGGUCCAAGUUUGAUAGAACAAAAUAGUUCGUCUAGGGCUCAUGAGCAGGAUGAGUCAGUUGGUGGACACCAAGAUGGCCCGGAAGAUUCCAGGGCUAGGCCCCUGCUACGCCGCAGAAGCACAAUAAAUAUUUCUCCUCUGAAGAAACAUGAAAUCCAAAAUUAUAAGAGGAGGAAAGCACGAAAGUGGAGUCCUUUGGAAGAAGACACUCUUAGGACUGGAGUAGAAAAGUUUGGACAAGGAAAUUGGAAGUUCAUCCUAAUGGCCUACCGUGACAUAUUUGUAGGAAGAACUGACGUUGAUUUGAAGGACAAGUGGAGGAACCUAACCCGCCGCUAGAGGUACAAUUUCGGAUUUUCAGGUGCGCCACCCUUGGUCGUGCCCACAAAGCCAUCGGAAGAAAAUACACUUGUAGUUCCAUCUGGAUCUUCAAAAAAGCGGCAGAUCCUCCGGGUGUUAAUCAGAGUGUCACUUGGCAAGUAAGAAUGUUGCAACUUAUCUUGAUGAUAUAUAAAGAAUGUAGAAAUUGUUGAUAUGUUGGGUAAUCAGAAAUGAGGCUUAGAACCAGCAAAUGUUGGAGCUCACUCUGAAGUUAGGUAAUAAAACAUUUUAUUGUAAAUAUGCUGUUGUCUAGUUUUGUAAAAUGGCUAAAAAAAAUAGAUUGCACUCUGCUCUAGCGUUGUGAUAUUUUGUAAGUUGUGGAAAUUUUUUGGUUGGAUUAUGUUUUAAAUAUUUGGGGUGGUUUAAUUA